AUGCGAGAGCAUCAGUUGUUUGCGAACUUCAAGAAGUGUUUAUUCGCAGCGAGCGGAAUACCGCUUCUUGGCUGCAUCGCGGUGAAAAACGGUGUACGCGCUGAUCCGCAAAAGAUUAAGGUGAUUAGCGACUGGCCUGUGCCAGUCGACGUCAAGGGACUUCGAAAGUGUUUUGGCUUAGCGGUGUACUUGCACAAGUGCUCGCGCAACGAAGCCGAGAUGACCGAACAUCUCUCUCGUCUACUGAAGAGAAACGAGAGGUGGUCAUGGAGCGCUGAGUGUCAGCACUCUUUUGAAGGCAUCAUGUGA